AAUAAAAAGAAAGCUCCCAGCCCAGAAGCCAGGAGAAGUUUCUAGGCGCACGUCCCCCAGGGUUAUUAAGCUCCUGGCUCCCCUGUAGGCCGACCUCAACGUCUCUGGCUGGACGCCUGGGCGUUCUGGAAGGAAGGUGGUGGCUUGCUGAUCUCUGCUGAAGCCGUGUGAGGAGGAAGGGGGGUCCUCUGGAAGGGGUCACCUUUAGGGGGUCCCUGCCACCACCCCCCCAGCUUGGCGUGGACUGUGUGUGACGUGGAUGUUUCUGGCAGAAGAGCAGCAUUUCAUCCGGAAGACUCGGCUCUGAAAGCCAUCUCCACCUGUGACCUUGGGCAGUCAGCGAGCUCCCUCUCUCCCAGCCUCAGUUUCCCCCCGUGAGCUCAGCAGUCAUCAUGGCCGAUGGUCAGAUCCCUUUCUCCUGCCACUACCCUAGCCGCCUGCGCCGAGACCCCUUCCGGGACUCACCCCUGUCCUCCCGCCUGCUGGACGAUGGCUUUGGCGUGGACCCCUUCCCCGACGACCUCACCGCCCCCUGGCCCGACUGGGCUCUGCCUCGGUUCUCCUCGGCCUGGCCUGGCACGCUGAGGUCAGGCAUGGUGCCCCGGGGGCCCACGGCCACCGCUAGAUUCGGGGUGCCUGCAGAGGGCAGGAGCCCCCCACCCUUCCCCGGGGAGCCGUGGAAAGUAUGCGUGAACGUGCACAGCUUCAAGCCGGAGGAGCUGAUGGUGAAGACGAAGGACGGCUAUGUGGAAGUGUCUGGCAAACACGAGGAGAAGCAGCACGAAGGCGGCAUCGUUUCCAAGAACUUCACCAAGAAAAUCCAGCUCCCUGCUGAGGUGGAUCCUGUGACCGUCUUUGCCUCGCUUUCCCCAGAGGGCCUGCUGAUCAUCGAGGCUCCCCAGAUCCCCCCUUACUCGCCGUUCGGAGAGACCAGCUUCAACAACCAGCUUCCUCAAGACAGCGCUGAAGUCCCCUGCACCUAAGAGGCCAGCCUCGGCCUGACCUGCUCCUCCCCCUCGCCCCAGGGCUUCUCUGCCUCCAGACUGCAUUACUUUAGCUGCACUCAGAUCUCCUGCCACAGACACAGACGCCCGGGGACCUCCAGGGGCAAGGGAAGAAUGAAUGACCACAGAGUCCCCGGCUGGCGUAGUACUAGAUUUCUCCAUCAGAGGGCGCAAUCGGAAGGCCAUGCUUGGUUGCUGGUUAGGUCAAAGUAAUUGGGAGUUUGGGUGGUUGGUUUUUGUUUGUUGUUUUUUAAAUUUUAUUAUUAUUUUGUUUUGUUUUGUGCUUCCCGCCUUUCUUUACCUUUUCUAUCAGUUUGACACUACUGCAGAGUGUGUAGUUGCAAACAGAUGAGGACUCAGCAUUUCACCUUGCAUCUUGCCUUGCUGCUAAUGUAAAGGAAUGCUCUCCCCCUCCCUCCUUCGCCCCCCCCUCCCCCACCCCUCCCGGGGACCUCCUUAGCACUGGAUUCCUGCACCAGGCUCUCAUUCCUGCAUGGUUUGGUUAAUGGAGCCCAUUGGCCAACCUCAUGGUGUUUGUUGAUAUACCUUUGGCCUACAAAGGGUUCUAGACCCAUCUCUACCUGGGAACCAUCCCCCAACCACGUAAAAGCAAAUAGUGCCUUCUGUCCUCUCGCCCGAUGUUCAUAGCAUGCUCCUGGCUCCCAAAUUGGCACUCCCCCGAGGAUUCUGGGAGCCCCUCAGUUAAUAGCUAGUUCUGGCUAGGGUCCCCACUUUCUUUUGUCCCCUAUGUACGUCAGGAUUUUUUUUCUUUUUUAAAACAGAGGGGGCUGUCUCCAUACAGCUCUACCAGGAACCAAUCAAAGGCCAGACAGCCUGGUAGACAGGCUAUUGUAUGGGUAGGAAGUGUGUAUGUGUGUGUGCGUGUGUGUGUGUGUAUGUGUGUGUGUGUGUCAUUGUUGUUUGACUUGUGCUGUUGUUUAGGAGAAAGGAACAAUGAAUAGGAAUUAUGAUCACAAAAAUAAAGGAGCUCAUGUUCUUA